UGUCAGCAGUCUCUUAGUCAUCCCCUGUACUGUCCACAGUCUCUGGUCAUCCUCUGUACCGUCUGCAGUCUCUGGUCAUUUCCUGUACUGUCUGCAGUCUCUGGUCAUCUUCUGUACCGUCUGCAGUCUCUGGUCAUCUUCUGUACCGUCUGCAGUUUCUGGUCAUCUUCUGUACCGUCUGCAGUCUCUCUGGUCUUCCCUGCACCGUCCGCAGUCUCUGGUCUUCCCCUGCACCGUCCGCAGUCUCUGGUCUUCCCCUGCACUGUCCGCAGUCUCUGGUCUCUGGUCCCUGUACUGUCCGUAGUCUCUUGGUCAUCCCCAGCACUGUCCGUAGUCUCUUGGUCAUCCCCAGCACUGUCCGCAGUCUCUUGGUCAUCCCCUGUACUGUCCGCAGUCUCUUGGUCAUCCCCUGUACUGUCCGCAGUCUCUUGGUCAUCCCCUGUCCCGCAGUCUCUUGGUCAUCCCCUG